UAAGCGGUGGACGCCGUGCUCCGGGAGCGGUGCCUGAAAAUCAAAGGGUCACCGCCGGCGCUGGCCAACGGCUUUAGCCCCCACGGCCCCAUACUUUUCCGACAUCCACACCGGACGCUCUCGGAGACCUUGUUGGUCCGGGAGUCUGCCAAGCCGGCUUGUUACGUGAGAGAAACUGAUUCUCCUCGGACGGCCGCCAUCACGCUAACAACUGGUGGGACCGUACACAUAGCCGUGCCAGUGAUGUUUCAUGUUUGAUGUUUUCCAGAAUCCAGAGAAGUCUUGAGAAAGGAACCGAGAAGCCUCUCCGCCAUUCCAGAGUCCAGCCACCCUGCCCACCCCGCCCCGGCGAUUUGCAAAGAAAGUUUUUUUUUUCUUGCGUGGAAUCCCUGUUGAGCCCGCUUUGUCCUCCACCUAGCCCCUCCACUUAAGGGCCAGAUACCGCCACUUCUUGUUCACAGUGACUGAAGCUGAAGAACGUGCAUUCUUUCAUUUAGGAAAAGAGCAUCAUCUUUUUGUUGACCUCGUCCCUGAACGAGCAGGAGACAGCCCUGACCAUCACUCCCGACCUUGGAAGCUAUCUUUCGAGACUCGAGAUAAUCUGUCGCCCAAAGGAAAAACCCCCGGAUAAAUGACCCUAGGUCGAGCUCCUAAUGCAGAGGACAGCUGCCUAAAAAACCAUCAGCAGCCCCCCGCGGGCGAGUCAUUGUCAACACUCCCGAUCUUUAUCGAUUCCAGCGACCAGGAAAAGGGCGGAUCGUUCGUCUCAAAGCGUGAAGCCAACUCAGACGAGCGGGACUCGGGACCGGAAUCCGACACCAUCCAAGACCUCAGCGACAGCCCUGAUGAUGAGGGCGUCAAGUGCGAGAACGGCCUUGCCCGGCAGCCGUCUGCGGCGACCACCGUAAUCGACUUUCCCGAAGGUGGCCUGCAGGGCUGGCUGGUAGUGUUUGGGUCCUUUUGUGCCAUGAUAUCGGUGUUUGGACUCAUCAACUCUGCGGCCGUCUUUGAAUCAUAUUUUUCGACACAUCAGCUUGUCAACCACAGCGCAUCCGAGAUCGGUUGGAUCUUUUCGCUCUACCUCUUUAUCGUCUUUUUUGUGGGCAUCCAAGUUGGCCCCAUUUUCGAUCGGCAUGGAGCGCGCCUCCUGGUGGCCGUGGGUAGUCUGCUGGUUGUCCUCAGCUUGAUGUUGUUGAGUCUCAGCAAGACUUAUUAUCAAAUCAUGCUGACAUACCCUGUGCUCGGUGGCUUGGGCGGUGCCCUUCUUAACUGCCCUGCGUACGGGUCGAUCACACACUUCUUCCACGUGCGCCGUGGACUGGCAACCGGUGUUGCUACCAUUUCCGGCGGCAUUGGCGGUAUCAUGUUCCCCAUCAUGUUGCGGUAUACCCUCCCCUCGAUUGGGUUCCCCUGGAGUUGCCGCAUUCUUGGCUUCAUUAUGCUCGGCCUCGCCGUGCCCGCCAACCUCUUUAUCAAGACUCGUCUGAAGCCCAAGAUCAGCCAAGACAAACCCAAGAUGUCGUCACUUUUGCCCGACUUUUCCGGAUUCCGAGACCUUCGCUAUGCCUUUUCGGCGAUCGGCAUCUUCUUCAUGGAGUGGGGGCUGUUCAUGCCCCUGACGUACAUUGUCUCGUACGCAGCGGCGCAUGGUCAGGAUGCAACCGAGAGCUACCUUCUCCUAUCGUACCUCAACGCCGGGUCUGUGUUGGGCCGUGUGCUCCCCGGUCUCUUUGCUGAUCGCAUUGGACGGUUCAACGUGGUCAUCAUCACCAUCUCGCUGUGUGUGAUUCUCGUGUUGGCCAUGUGGCUUCCGGCAGCCAUGUCCAAGUCGGUGCUGAUCGGAUACGCUGUGCUCUUUGGAUUUGCGAGCGGAAGCAACCUCGGCCUUGUACCCGUAUGUCUUGGACAGUUGUGCGACGCUCGCCAAUUCGGUCGAUACUACUCGACGGCCAUGAUGGUGGCCAGUUUCGGCACGCUCAGCAGUGUACCCAUCGGCGGCGCCCUGUUGGAGAUGGGCUCUGCUGAGACGGGCUGGCGAGCCGUCAUCAUCUUCUCGGGCCUUUCGUACUUCGUCGCCCUGGCGUGUUAUACGUCCGCCCGCGUUCUCGCUGUCGGCUUCGACCCGCGGGUCAAGUUCUAGUCAUGUGUUGGAUAUUGGAUAUAGAGAAAAAGCAAUUGGAUAGCUAGAUACCUAAUGUUAAUGCGAAAUGAUCAACGGCG